UACCGCAGUCAGGUUAGUAACGGCGCGCGGACCGCUAGCACCUCUUCGCGGCAGUACCUCCGAGUACCGUUUUUCGGCACCGACGAUCGUUCGAAGUGCGCGCGGUUUUUUUGCGUCCCCCGUAUAUACGACAGGCCGUACGAUGGGUACGACUUGACGAUACGAGUUCACGACGCCAAAUGUCGCAAGAUUAGCGAGCGAUACAGGGAAUUUACUAAAUGGUCCUGGGCUGAUGACAAUACGGUUUUUGUGUUUGCCUAAGAGGCCCAGGGAAGAUGUGGAGUCCAAUCUGCCGACUUAGUAGGCCGUUCCUCGCGUCCACACUGUUAUCCGGAACAAUUUUGUUGUUGGUGGACGCGGUGAGCGGUACCGGCGGCGACCUAUGGCCCUUAGACCGGCCCGAAGGUAUGCCUUCGAUCCAGUCGUUGGAGGUUAUGUGCGGCAAAGAUCACAUGGACGUUCAUCUGACGUUCUCGCAGCCGUUCGAAGGGAUUGUGUCGAGUAAAGGGCAACACGGCGAUCCCAGGUGCGUUUACGUGCCGCCUUCGACGGGACAGACGUUCUUCUCCUUCAGGAUUGCAUACGCAAGAUGCGGUACCAAGCCGGACCUCCACGGUCAAUUCUACGAGAAUACGGUUGUCGUACAGUACGACAAAGACUUACUAGAGGUGUGGGACGAGGCCAAACGGCUCAGGUGCGAGUGGUUCAACGACUACGAGAAGACGGCUUCGAAGCCCCCGAUGGUCAUCGCCGACCUUGAUGUCAUACAGCUCGAUUUCAGAGGGGACAAUGUCGACUGCUGGAUGGAAAUACAGCACGGCAAGGGUCCGUGGGCCCCACCCGUUAGCGGCAUAGUACCGUUAGGAUCGACGCUGACCUUGGUGGUAGCCAUCAACGACUACAGAGGCGAGUUCGACAUGCGAGUGAAAUCGUGCAUCGCUUCGGACGGCGCGGGCCACGUGAUCCAGCUCUCGGACGAAUUCGGAUGCGUCCUCAGGCCGAAGAUGAUCAGUCGGUUUUUGAAAGCCAGGGGCGCCGACGAGAGGGCUUCAGUUAUCACGUACGCGUUCUUCCACGCGUUCAAAUUCCCCGACGCCCUGAGCGUGCACAUCAAAUGCAAAGUGGAGAUCUGCAGGCACGGUUGCCUCGACCAUUGCCAACUGCACCCGGACAAAAACGACGGUCUGGGCGCCAUAGCGGAUCACUACGUCAACACGCUCGAUCGCAAGGACGAGAAAAUCGACUCUACUGAAAUCAAAGACAGGAUGCCGGACCCGGUGGACCAAGCGCUCGACGAUGACGCCCAGGACACGCUCUACGACGACAUCCUCAGCGAGAAUCAGGCGGCCAUAUCGUCGGGCGAGGCCUUGCCCGCUAUCAAGAUGUCGCUAAACGCCAACAUGAACCCCGACAAACAGAAGAAGAAACCGUGGACGAAGACGGGAGACUCGAAGGAAAACAGGAAGAACGAUCACAAGGAUGGCGGUGGCGACGUCAAGCAGGUGGUCGAGCAUUUCGACGAAGAUGAGCAGAUCACCGCCGUGCCUCACAAGGACAUAUUCCAAUACGAAAAGUUCCCCCACGGCCCGAGGACGUUCCAAGAACCGCCGGUGCCGGCACCUAGGAGCCUCGGCGACGAGGUGCCGCCCGCCCUCGACGCCCCAGCGUCGAACUCGACCCAGACCGGCAAACCCGUACCGCUGCUGGAGAAGAACAAGAGGCGACGCCGCUCGAUGGUCGUCUCCGAUCGGAAGGCGAGGAGCGCGGACGUCGGCGUCAGCGGCCUGUACGAAGUGAUCUCCGAGGCGGACCUCGCGUUCAGCCCUGAAAACAGGGCGGAGGCGGUCACCGUGUUCCAGGGCCGUAUCCGCGAGGAAGUCGUCUACGGGAUAUGCAUGCCGGUGCCCGGAUUCAGCAUCCUCUUCGUCUUCGUCGCCGUCUCCGCCGUGGUCUCCGCUCUGGUGGCGGGAACCUUGCUCUACAGGUACCAGGUGCAAAAGGAACAGCUCGCACAUCAACAGAACGGCACCAUACCGAUGGGCCUCUUCUCCAACUGGAUCGGGCUCAAGUUUGCUAAACACGCCGCGCCUUCUUCGAGGAGGCGAGGCGACGGCACCGUCGUGGAGGACACGUCACUGUCGAUGAGCAGCGGCGGCGGUAGUGUCAACGGAAAAUCGAUUUCCAGCAGAGAAUGAAUAAAUUUCGGACCGUAGAUUAUUUCGUGGAAGUCCAAAUGGCAUUUAUUUGUAAAUAACGCCGCAGGUUUCCACGGCAUUUUGUUUUGUAAAUACUAGUGUAAAUUUACGGUAUAGUUUAUUAUUUAUUGAACGUACGUGAUAAAUGCCCAAAGCGUUGCGUAACGCGGAUUUUUUUGAGGUUAUUGCGUACGGCGUGGUGCGACAUCACGCUGGGUUGACAGUUAUGGUACUUGGUACUCUAAGUUAGGCUAGGUUUGUAUAUUGUAUUUGAAAACGGAAAACGGGGGAGCCGUCCGCGCCGGCCAGGGGCGCCUUUUUGGAAUCGCCGUUGCUCAAAAGUUAUUUACGAAUGUUGGUGCUUGGAAUUAACUUAUUUCUCGUUAAUGUAAAUGUAUUAUUUUAAUUAUUUCGAGUGUGUAAACUAGUACUACGUGAGGAUAAUAAGAAAUCAUUUUAAACAUGUGUAUAUACGAUGGGAAAUUGUUUUAUUUAUUAAAUAUUAUUGUUAUGUUUACUGUUAGGUUAGGAUUCAUUUGCUCACCUUUACUGGCCGAAUAGUAUUAAAAAUAGAGGCUAUAUAUAUAUUAGUAAUUUUAUUUUUUUUCUUCGUCACUUUUUAUAUGUUAUUUUGUAUAUAACAGUUUGGGAAAAUAAAA